AAUGAAGUAGGUAGGUAGGUAGGUAGACAGAGAACAAUGAAAUCAAAGUGUAAAUGAUCUUUCAAAGAAGAGUUUGCGCGAAUAGCUACACCUCGUAAAUCAUUCAAUUGAAUUAUCGUACUACUACUAUAGGUACCAGUGAGCAUCACAAAAUGGCAGACAACGCAACCCAAAACGAUUCCAUCGAGCUCGUGGCCGAAUGUCUUUGCAAAGCGCACCGCUUCACAACGCACGUGCCGCGCUCCUCGCUGCCUCUGUCCUCGAUAUACUGCCACUGCGACUCGUGCCGGCGCGUAACAGGGGCUCUAUACAGCACGUAUCUCCCGUGGCCGGGCUCCCGCUCGUCCAUCCACGAACGCAUCCAGACCUCCCGUCUGAAACGCUAUGCUUUCUCGGAAUCUACAACCCUGUUCUCCUGCGAGACCUGCAGCAGCACCCUGUUCGCGGCGACUCCCGCCCGCGACGGCAGCGAUGUCCCGGAUUACGGCGUGACGACGGGCGUUCUGCACAACACUUCCGUCCCGAACUUCAUUGACAUCGCGCACCACAUCUUCCUAUCCGACACCAAAGACGGCGGCGCGACGCCAUGGCUCUGCGACUCGAAUUCUUCCUCCGCCGCCCGUCCGCGCCUCUGGAGCGGACGAAGCGGUUCCUCGGAGGAACUCUCUUCGACGGACCAUAAAUGGGCACUCCCGCUUAACGCCCCCAUUCCCGCCUCGACUCCCGUGCGCUGCCACUGCGGCGGCGUGGACCUCGUAUUGCGCAAUCCGAUCCCGGAUUUCGCAGUUCUCAACCGGUCCGAGCUCCCGUGGUUCGUCGACCCCGAGUCGAACAAAUCUCUAGGCGGGUUCGACGUAUGCGACUCGUGCCGCGUGUCGUCCGGCGUGGACAUUUUCCACUGGACCUUCGCGCAGCUCGCGCACAUCGCCUUCGCGACGCCCGACUCGUCUUCGCACUUCCCAAGCUCAACCCACGACCUCGCAGCCGCCCUGACAUCGCCCCACCGCGAUCCGCGCCUCGGCACACUAACCAUGUACCAGAGCUCGUCCGACGUCCAGCGGUACUUCUGCAGCGCGUGCUCGGCAGCCGUGUUCUACGCGACGGACGCGCGGGCCGAGAUGGUCGAUCUGUCCAUCGGGCUUUUGCGCUCCUCGCACGGAUCGCGCGCGGAGGAGCUCGUGUCGUGGGAUUUCGGGGGCAGGGCGGUGUGGCGGGAGGAUGUCGCGGGCGGGUGGAGGGAGGGCUUUAUACAGAGCGUGGAAGCUGCGGCUGAGAGAUGGAGGAUAGGGAGAGGCCUUCCGAAGAAUUUCCGGCGGGUGCAGAAGGAAGAGGCUGCUGCUGCUGCUGCUGCUGCUGAUCAAGAGUGAUGAUGAUGAUGAUGAUGAUGUACACCUAUAUACUUACAUAAGUAGUUGUGGCAGUUGUUUACUAGGCUACCCUGAUCAAAAUUUGCGUGGUAAUAUCGUAUACAAUUUGAGGACAAGUAUCCUUACCCCUUG